AUGAAAACUAAAUCGAAUAAUCUGUACGGGCUAGAUCAUGCCAUACUUAAUGUGACGGUUCCUCCCGAAAGUAUGUGGAUGAAUAUGGGAUAUUGGAAGAACACGACUUUGUUUCAAGGCGCUUGUCAAGCUCUUCUUGAUCAAGUACUGAUUAUGGCCGGGCUUCUCGGCCAACAUGAGUCAUCAGCUGUCACUCCAACGUCUCUGUCUUCCUUCAUCAAAAUCAUUGAUGUUGGAUUUGGGUGUGGCGACCAGUCGCUAUACUUGACAAGGAAACUCCAUCGAACAAUGAAGCCGUCUGAGAACACCGUUGCCCUGUCAUCGAUUGAUCCUAGCAAUGACGGUGAUGGUGCGCCUAGCUUGACAUCAGACCACAAAAUUCACCCUCUCUUCGAUUCAUACGUAGGAAUCAACAUAACGCCUUCCCAGGUAGAAAUUGCACAAAGGCGUCUUCUAGCUUCCGGCGAUGAGUCUACGCUUCCUUCGCCAUCGACACAAAAGGUGGAAGUUUUCUUAGCUGAUGCUGGUAAUCCCGCAUCUUGGGAUACUAAGCUUAAGGAAGCCGUCUACAGCGAGUUCACUCAAAAUACAGAGCAGAACACCCAGCCAGCAAUGGAGAUGCAAACAUGGUUAUUGGCCCUGGAUACGCUAUAUCAUUUCAAGCCGUCUCGUAUGCCAUUAUUUGAAUGUGCAUAUAAAGACAUGCAGGCUUCAAUCAUGGCAUUUGACUUGCUCAUGUCUGACAACGCUUCCCUUUGGGACAGAUUCCGACUGCGAUUGAUGUGUCUCUUUACGGGUAUUCCUUAUUCCAACUUCAUGACCAAAAAGGAAUACAAAGCCAUGUUAACCCUUGCAGGGUACGAGCAUAGCAUGAUUGAAAUGCAAGAUAUCUCAGAGCACGUUUUCUCAGGGAUUGCAAACUACAUACGGACAAAGGAAGCUGAGCUGGGAGUAUAUGGAAUGACUCUGGGUAAAUUCAAAGCCGCAGGGAAUGCAUUUGGCUGGUGGGCUACAACUGGUGUGGUAAAAGGACUCGAGUAUGUUCAAGAGCCCUCGGAAGAGAAUUCAUUUUCUGCAAUUUCCCAUGGCACCUCGACUCCCAGGCUCGUUGCAACUCUCAUCGCCGAUACAACGCACCCCUCCAAAAGCACCAUCCCAUCCCAGCACCAAGCACCAACAAGCCAAACAUUGCCGUUUCCAUUACGCCAUAAUGGCUCUGUCUUUGGCAAUGUCGACUCGCUUUGA